AUGUCGAACUUGUCAAAACUUGAGUUUGUGGCACUUGAUAUUUCUGGAAAGAACUAUCUAUCAUGGGUUUUCGAUGCUGAGAUUCACUUAGCUACUAAAGGCCUUGGUAACACCAUUACUCAUGGUAAUGAGGCAUCAAGACAGGAAAAAGCGAAGACCAUGAUUUUCCUUCGUCAUCAUUUGGAUGAAGGUUUGAAGGUUGAAUAUUUAACAGUGAAAGAUCCACUUGAAUUGUGGAGUGGUCUGAAGGAAAGGUAUGAUCACUUUAAGGCUACGCAAUACUGUGAAAGGGAUUUUAAAAGGUAUUCUAAAUUGAUCUCAUGCCUUCUGGUGGCUGAGCAACAUAAUACCCUUUUGCUGAAAAAUCAUGAAGCCCGUCCCACAGGGUCAGUUCCGCUUCCUGAAGCGAAUAUGAUAGCUAGACGUGAUAAGUCUGGAAAAAGACAGAAUAAUAAUCAUGGCCACAUGAAUGUACGUGGGCAUGACAAUGGUAAGAGACGAUAUAAUAGUCGUCAUCGCGGUGGUCAUGGCAAACGAGAAAAUAAUAUGAGUUCUCGAAACAAUCCUUCACGAGGCAAAAGCGGUAACUUCUACCGCUGUGGCAUAAAAGGUCAUUGGAAAAUUGAAUGCCGUGCACUUGAGCAUUUUGUCAGACUUUAUCAAAACUCCUUUAAAAGAAAGGCAAAUAAUGUUGAAGCAUCUUCUGUUAAUGCUCCAGUGGAGUCACAUUUGACCUUUAAAAAUGAUUUUGAGGCAGGGCCUUCAAACAAAAAUGAUGACAAUGCCGAGGCAAAUCUUGCUUUGAAUGAUGAUGAUUUUCAAGGUCUCGAUGAUAUUACUCAUUUGGAAGUUGAAGACUUCUUUGGAGAUCAAAACUAA